AUGAGUGACACUCUACCAAGGGCAGAUGACUUAGAGGCGACUUGGAACUUUGUGGAACCCGGAAUUGGCCAAAUUCUAGGUCGCGAUGGGACACCAUCCUCGACUUUAAAAAGGGUGGACAAAGUCUUAUCACCAGCGAUGUACAUGGAAGUUUACACUGCAAUCUACAACUACUGUGUGAAUAAAUCAAGCUCAACGGGGCAAUUUAACUCGGAUUCGCGUCAGAAUCAAUCCUCGAUUUUAGCAGGUAGUGAAAUCUAUGACAAACUCAAAGCGUAUUUGAAGAAUUACAUAUGCGGUCUUCAGCGCGACACUGAUGAAAGUUUCUUAAGCUUCUACGUAAGAAGGUGGAAACGGUUUACGGUGGGAGCCACCUUUUUGAAUCAUGCCUUCGAUUAUAUGAACCGUUACUGGGUGCAAAAAGAGAGAAGCGAUGGGAAGAGGCACAUUUUUGACAUAUAUACUCUUUGCUUGAUGACGUGGAAACAAGUAAUGUUCGAUCAAAAUGUGGAGCUUUUGGUGGGCGAAAUUUUGGAUGAGAUCAAAAAUCAGAGGGACGGCAAGCUUGUUAGGCAAUCGGACACCAGUGUUGCUAUAAGGUCAUUUGUCGCUCUAGGCAUUGAUCCACAGGACUUGAAGAAACUCAAUUUGAACGUAUACAUACAACAUUUCGAAAGGCCUUUCCUCGAGAGCACGAAGGCGUACUAUACCAGCUUUUCUGAAAAUUAUUUGGCUUCCCAUUCUGUCACGGACUACAUUUUUGAGGCCCAAGAUCGGAUAGGCGAUGAAGAGACCAAAACUGUUCUUUACUUGGAUGAACAUACCCGAAAGCCUUUAUCUGAAGCACUCAAUGCCGUUCUUAUCACGCAACACUCCGAGGCGCUUCAAAAUGAGUUCAUAUUUCUGUUGGACUCCAGAGAUGCUACCAAGAUUGCGACUUUGUAUGGCCUCAUGCAAAGAGACCUUCAACUUCUUCCGAAGCUUGCCCAAGCUUAUGAGCAGUAUGUAAAGUCUUCGGGAGAGCAAGAAAUUACGAAACUCGUCAAAGAAGCGCACAAGGUGGAGGAGAAUGCAAAGAAACCGGGGUCUGCGAUUGCAAUUUCCUCAACAGAAUAUGUCAAAAGAUUGAUCCAAGUCUAUGAAACAUUUACGAAAAUCACUCGAGACUGUUUCCACAACGACUCACUUUUCACAAAGGCACUAGAUAAUGCUUGUCGCUCAUUCAUCAAUGUUAACGAUUACGCUUUACCGCCCGGAUCUUCAAAGACGGCGUCGUCUCGAACUCCUGAAAUGCUUGCCAAGUAUAGUGACCAACUUUUAAAAAGAUCGAAUAAAAAUGCCGAAUCGACUGCAGACAUGUCGGUUGACGACAUCAUGACCAUUUUCAAGUUUCUGACAGAUAAAGAUGCGUUCGAAUCCCAUUACAGACGCCUUUUUGCGAAACGAUUGAUUCAUGGCACUUCUACUUCCGAUGACGACGAAGAGUUGGUAAUCCAAAGACUUCAAAGCGAGAAUAGCUUGGAAUACACCGGCAAAAUUACCAAGAUGUUUCAAGACAUCAGGCUAUCCAAACAGCUCGAAAAGGAAUUCGAAAGCGCCAUUCGAAUUGCUCCCGAUUACACGAAGGCAAGGUACCCAGACUUUCAGCCUUUUGUCUUGGCCGAAACCAUGUGGCCUUUCUCGUACGAAGAGGUGGAUUUCAAACUGCCGGAAGAGCUGGUCCCAACUUACAAAGGACUCGAACGAUUGUAUACCAACAAACAUAGCGGCCGGGUACUCAAAUGGUUGUGGCCACUGUGUCGCGGGGAAGUCAAGGCCGAUUUGGGUCGUCCUGGGAAACCGCCGUUCAUUUUCACCGUAACACUAUUCCAAAUGGCCAUUUUGCUUCUUUUCAAUAACCGCUCGGUAUUAACCGUCGGAGACAUCCAGGAACAUACAGACCUGAGCGUGUCAAACAUUGCUGCCGCUGUGGUGCCCUUUAUCAGAUACAAGCUUGUCACCCAAACCCCAUCCGGACUUGACGCUAUCACGCAUCCAGAUACUCAAUUCAAAAUCUCCACACCUUACAAGGCCUUAAAGACAAGAAUAAACUUUGCUUCUGUUGUCAAGGGCGACCUCUUGGGCAACAACAAGGGUGAAUUACAAGAGGCUCAGAAGAUCGAUAAGGAGUUGAACACUGAAAGACAGAUUUUCCUCGAGGCAUGCGUCGUCCGCAUAAUGAAAGCUCGCAGAAAGCUACCACAUACCACGCUUGUCAGUGAGUGUAUUGCGCAAUCUCAUCAAAGGUUUAAUGCUAAGAUUUCACACAUCAAACGAGCAAUUGAUAAUUUGAUCGGUAAAGAAUAUCUACAACGUUGCGACGACGGCGAGUCCUACGAAUACCUGGCAUAA